AGUAAAACCUUGACGAUCACAUCACUUCACUCUCACACUUCAAACAAAAUUCGCAAUUCACAAUUCUCAACGACGAUAGAAAAGUUCACUGUCUAAUACAUCUUAUCGAAUGCAAUUAAAGUAAGUAAAAAUCACAAAUCAUUAUUCAUGUUUUAUAUACGGUCGAAAGUUUCCUAUAAUAAAAACUAUCCCUGUCCUUUUUUUUUUUAAAUAAAACUCUUUGUUUGCUUAUCCCAGCAUCAGCAAUCAUCGUUAAUAAACUAUCGUCAUCGUCAAAUAAAUUGUUGCAAGCAAAUCUAAUGCGCCGCUUUCAGACAGAAGAAAAAAAAUUCCACUUAUCGACAACCCAUCAAAACCCCCACCAUCAAAUUCAAAAUCCUCUCUACUCCGCUCGCAUCACCCACAAUUCUAAACCUUCCAAAUCCAUAACUCUUAUUUUUCAAAAAUAGGAAAAAGACCACUCACACAUCCUACAUCCAUACAUUCACACAACUCACGAUAACUCCCACUCACCCGUCCACACAAAAAUCUAAAACCGUCGCAAACAUGGUUGGCUCACAACCGAACCUCUUCGCCUUCCCAUCCGUCGAUAUCCUCGCCACAACUCUACGUCAAUACAUCGUACAAGCACAAAGCGCCGGACUUGCACGUCACGACGCCUUCAAAAUCGCCGUAUCUGGAGGUUCUUUACCCAAAACCCUCGCUGCAGCUCUUCUCGCCCCAUCGCAUGGUCCAGAAGAUACUAUCCAUUUCUCCAAAUGGGAAAUCUUUUUCGCAGAUGAAAGAGCCGUUCCUCUCGAUCAUGAAGAUUCCAAUUACGCAUUAUUAAAGAGCGAAUUACUCGAUAAGAUUCCGGCCGAGUUGGGAAAACCUACCGUCCAUCCAAUCGAUACGGCGCAUUUGGAUGAUGUACAGGAAUUGGCAGAUCAAUAUGAACAACUUCUCGUACGCAGUUUUGCUUCGAGAGAUUCGGUCAAAUUACCCAUUUUCGAUUUGUUGCUCUUGGGAUGUGGUCCGGAUGGUCAUACGUGUAGUUUGUUCCCCGGUCAUGCAUUAUUGAGAGAGACAGAUGCUUGGGUUGCGCCGAUCGAAGAUAGUCCGAAACCACCGCCAAAGAGAAUUACACUUACAUUACCGGUUGUUACCCACGGAGUUAAGAUAGCUUUCGUCGCAACAGGAGGUGGAAAGAAGGAGAUUAUGAAGGCAAUUUUUGAAGGGGGGAAUGGAUUACCUUGUGCAUUGGUUAAUGAAGGGGCGAGAGAGAGGUGUAGUUGGUUCGUUGAUAAUGCAGCGGUCGAAGGAGUUAGUUUCCCAAGGAAAGGAAGUCUUUAAAUUGCUGGAAUACUUAAAAGAGCGGGCAUCUAGCUACAGUCCACAUUUGAUGAGAUAUGAAUAUGCAGUGGAGGAAGAUAAAUGAACGGGUGGCUUCUUUGGAUCUGGAGUUCAAAGCAAAGAUAUGGAUGGUGUUUCAAAAAGAGCCGAGGAUUUUUCUCGGGCAAAUCUCAUUAGCUUCUUUUUUUUCUUUUAUGUUUCUUCUAUCUACUGUGUAGUGAAAGGACAUAUAUGAAAAAUGACAUUAAAUUACUAGCUUGCUUGCCUUU